AUGAAAUUUGUAACUACAGCUGCUGCUUUGCUAGCCGUACUCGGUGGUGCUGAAGCAUUAGCCAUCAACCCACAAGAGCCAUUCAACUUGGUUGACAUUGAUAGAGAAAGUAAGCUAUUUUCCAAAGCUUCGAAGUACUUUAAUGAGCCCUUGGAGUCAUUGACGGAUGAAACAAAGAAAUUGUGGUCGGAUUUUGUUUUCCAGUCAGAUGCUUUCAAAGGCUUGAGAAUGACAGGAGGUAAAGCUAAGGUUAAUAAGCAAGAGUUUGACUUUCAUGUCAAGGAUCAAAAGAUGCCCAACUAUGGAUUGAGGAUUAAAGACCCAUCAGAGUUGGGACUCGAUACUGUCAAACAGUACUCCGGCUACUUGGACAUCCACGAUGAGGACAAGCACUUUUUCUUCUGGGCGUUUGAGAGUAGAAACGACCCAAAGAAUGACCCAGUGAUUUUGUGGAUGAACGGCGGACCGGGGUGUUCGUCAAGUAUGGGUCUCUUCUUUGAAUUGGGUCCAUCCUCAAUCAACAAGGAUUUAAAACCGGUUUAUAAUGCAUACGCUUGGAAUAAUAAUGCCACAGUCAUUUUCUUGGACCAACCCGCCAACACGGGAUACUCCUACACAUCAAAGCCAGUCUCAACCACUACUGCUGGAGGCAAAGAUGUUUACGCUUUUUUGGAAUUGUUUUUCAAACAGUUUCCUCAAUAUGCCAAGUUGGACUUCCACAUUGCUGCUGAAUCAUAUGGCGGUCAUUUUGCCCCUGUUUAUGCUAGUGAGAUUUUGAGCCACCCGGAACGUUCCUUCAACUUGACGUCAGUUUUGAUUGGUAACGGAUUGACAGACACCUUGGUUCAGUAUGAGUAUUUUCAACCAAUGGCUUGUGGCGAAGGUGAUGAACCAAGUGUUGUUGACCCGCAGCAGUGCCAAAUAAUGGAUGCUACAAAGCCACUGUGCUUAUCGUUAAUCAAACAGUGCUACGAGACAGAGUCGGUUUGGAGCUGUUUCCCUGCUACCGUUUAUUGCAACGAGGUACAAAUGGGUCCUUACCAAAGAGCUGGAUAUAACAUAUACGACGUUAGACUCAAGUGCGACGGUUCGCUGUUGUGUUAUGAAAACAUUGAGUAUAUUGACAUGUACUUGAACAAGCCUGAGGUUAUUGAAGCCGUUGGAGCUGAAGUUUCAAAACACGAGUCUUGUGACACUGGCAUUUACGCAAACUUUUUAUUCUCUGGAGAUUGGAUGAAGCCGUACUACAAGAAGGUGAUUGACGUGUUAGAAAAGGGAGUGCCAGUGUUGGUUUAUGCCGGUGAUAAGGAUUUCAUCUGCAACUGGUUGGGAAAUCAAGCGUGGACUGACAGGUUACAAUGGAGUGGUUCAAAAGGCUUUGCCAAGGCGCCAAUUAGAAAGUGGGAAGUAGAUGGCGAGCAUGCUGGAAACGUUAAGAAUUACGACAAAUUCACAUUCUUGAGAAUCUUUGGCGCCGGCCACAUGGUGCCAUACGACAAGCCAGAGAACUCACUCGACAUGGUCAACAGAUGGAUCAAUGGUGAUUACAAGUUGUAA